AUGGUACACGACGACCUGCGAGUGGAGUGGAUCCGAAACAGAGUGUGCUCCUCUUUUUAUUUCCCGGACCCUGGCUGUUUUGAGGAAUUCCUGAAUCGAGGAGACGGAGAAAAUGAACAGACAAUAGUUCGAUAUUUGAACAAAGUCACUGAGGAGGAAGCGACAUCAGCUCUGCUAUUCGCCAAAGGUGUCAGAGAAGAGAAGAUAGAGGUCGAAAUUCCAAUCGAAAACUCAAAAAAGGGAGACCCUUCUGAUGACUCUUCUGAAGCUCCUGGAUCAGAACAAGCCACUGAGCAAGAUGAGCAGCUAUCCUCCCCCAGAAUUGAAGUUCAAGUGGUUUAUCACAUUGAACUUCAUGUAGCUUUGAACAAUGUCCCGGAGAAGUUCACCAAAUCCAACAUCCUGUACUUUCUCAGAAACACAAACGAUAACAUUGUUCAACCUGUUGACAUGGUUGAGGCUAACAACCUCAUGCCCAAGAUGAUGGAGAUGGGCAUGCUGAAUGGACACCCCCUCCUUAUGCUAAAGAACAUUCUCAGCCAUCUGAUGAUAACUGAUGGAGGCUAUCAAGCAGAGGCAAUAUCCUACCAAGAUAAAGAGGCCCAGAGAGAUGGAAAUAAGGUUGAGGCAUCUAGAGGAAUGUUAACGAUUCGAGAUGAGUUGCUCAACAGCACUCACAAGUUUUUGGGCUUCAUCAACACGGCUCUCCAACAGCUUGAGGGUGAGAUUAAACUGCAAAUCCCUGAAGUAGACCUGGAGCUGGAGGUGGAUGUAUUGUUGUCCUCUCCAGAGUUGACGGAGAAACUGGAACUGUGGGUUAUGAACUGGCAGACUCAAAUUGCCAUUGUUAUUGAGGAGCAGCAGAAGAAGAAGCCAGAGGCACCAGGUCCUGUUGCUGAGAUAGAUUUUUGGCGGGAACGUACAGCUGUCCUGGGUGCUCUGAAAGAGCAGCUCAGACAGCCUGUGGUAAAAAAGAUCCUGGAGGUGAUGACUAAAGCAGAACCAGUCACUGUCCAGAGCCUAGCCCAGACUGGGAUUGAGUUUACAAAGUACCAUGUGGAGUCAGUGGAGAAUGUGCGCCUCCUCAGCACACUGGAGAGACACUUUAAGAAUUUGGCCACAGGUGCAGAUUUUGCUGUGAUCCUGGACACUAUUCCUGCAUUGAUGAAGAGCCUGCAGAUGGUGUGGAUCAUCUCCAGCCACUAUAACACGGAUGAGCGCAUGGUCCCUCUCAUGGAACGUAUUGCUUGGGAGCUUACAGAGCGUGUGGGUCGUGUUGUCAAUGUCCAAUUGCUCUUCAAAGAUAAGAGGGAGGUGGCAAAAGCCAAGGUCUGGGAUAGUAAACAGGUUCUGGAAAAGUGGAAGGCAUGCUAUUUUGAUGUACGUUCCAAGAUUGAGGCAUCAGGAAGGGACCCCCGCUGGGAGUUUGACCGUAAGAGACUGUUUGAGAAGACUGAUUACAUGGCCUCCAUCUGCCAGGACCUGUACAAUGUUCUGCAGACUUUGGAGGAGUUUUAUAACAUUUUCAGUCCAGAGCUGAAAGCUGUGACUGGUGAUCCAAAACACAUUGACAAUGUGCUGCACAUGGUAGAUAGACUUGUUGUGCCUAUUGAGGAGGUCAGCUUUGAUCCUUUCAGUAUCCAUAAGAUGAACGGCUGGAAAUUGAUCAUGCAAGACUUCAGCACAAAGGUUCAGGCUAUUGAAACAGAAGUCAUCAAACUCAUUGACCAGUCAUUCAAGACACUGCGCUCUGCAGCUGCUGCCUUUGACAUGGUCCUGAAGUUUAAACACAUUCGCUCCAGGGAGGCCAUCAACAACCAAAUGAUGAAGAGGUUUAAUGACAUCCUGGCUCAGUAUUGCAAAGAGGUGGACAGCAUAAAUAAGAUCUUUGAGGCAAACACAGAAGACCCUCCUAUUUUUAAGUACUGCCCUCCUGUGGCAGGGGCCAUCAUCUGGGAGCGUUCUUUUUUCAACCGCAUCAAAGACACCAUCCGCCGCUUCAUGGAAGUGCAGGAGAUGGUGGAGAGUGAGCAAGGCAAAGUGGCCAAAGCCAAGUACCUGGAGGUGGGUAUACGCAUGAGGGAUUACGAGCUAAAGAAGUGUGAAUGCUGGAAAGAAGAGACAGAGCAAAACCUGCCCUUACUGAUGAAAAGAACCAUAUUAGUCAUGAAGGCUCUAGCAACUGAACUUAACUUGGCGAAAGACGUGCGGUAUGUUGUGAACUUUGCUCCAGAGAUUAAGGAGAUCAUCUCAGAAACCAAGUACCUUGAGCCUCUAGGCUUCUGUGUGCCGGAGCUAGCUCAAUAUGUUGCUCUGCGGGAGGAAAAUCUCCUCAGAAAUGAAGAUGGUCUGAGGCAUCUUGUAAACCGCUACCAAUCACUGAUGGACAGCCUUAAUGAUGCUGAGUUCUUCCUGCUGGCUGAGCAGAUUCAAGAACUUAGGACUGUGAUGUGCUUUGGAUAUAAGAGACUCAACUGGAAUUCCUUGGCUAUCUAUGAGUUCAUCAGUCAAGGUAUCCAGGCUGCUUCUAAGUUUGAGUCAGUUGUGAAUCAGAUUCAGAAGGCUGUGAGGGACAUUGAUGCCAAGGUGCAAUCCAUAGAGAUGGCCAACCUUUUCAAAUUUCCAGCCCUCGAAAAAUCAAAUGGCUUACCAGGUGUGAAUGAGUUCUGUGGGCUUAUUGAGAGAGCAAGGGCUAAGGAUAUAACUUUGCUGAGUAGGAAGUACACAGCAAUUGGGACUCUUCUCAUCAACAUGGAGAGAUUGAUCAUGCAAACCAGCAGUGGCAAAGCAGAGCGCAUGGCUCAGUAUUACAACUAUUGGGAGCACAAGAUAUUCAACUCCCUUGUGAAGAUGGUGUUGAGGAACAUUCAGACCUUUAAUAAAGCCUUAAUGGGGAACACCCCUCUGUUCCAAAUUGAAACUGUACUGACUGCCCCUGAGAUCAUUCUACAGCCUAAAAGUAAUGAGGUCUACAUGAUUAUCAUGCGCUGUGUUGCACACUGUGUAGAGAGCACCAAGAUGUUUGUGCGAUGGAUGAAUGAAACCUGCAUCGAGUGCCCUCCACAACAUGUGGGUGGAGAAAAUGAGUUUGUCACAGUCAGCUUCUAUACUGACGUGUGUCAACACCAUCAAAUCAUUGAGGAUGCCAUGGCUGUAUCCCAUAAUGUUCAGAGACUGCUCAGCUCUGUGGGUCACUACCUCAGCCAUUUCAAACGCUACCAGCACCUUUGGACACUGGACAAAGCCAGCAUUAUGGAAAAGUUUGCUUCAAAGAAGCCGUCCUGUGUCAUGUAUGACAAUAAGCUGCAGCUCUAUGCUCAUGUCAGCCAGGAAAUUAUGCUUCAGCCCCUUGUCCUGAAUGAUCACAUCAUCUGUCUGAAUCUGGAGCCUUUGACUCGCACAGUGCAGGAUAUUGCCCAGGCCUGGGUCAGUUCAUUGGGCAGGCUGCUCAAUGAGUCUGCAAAAGGGGAUCUCUUCAACCUGAGAGAUGAACUUAUGCACCUCUCUGAGAGCCUGAAGCGAAGCCCCAAAACUUUGGAAGACCUGAAGUUUGUCCUUGGCACCAUCGCAGACAUCAGGGACAUGUCUCUGUCUGUGGAGAUGAGGGUCACUGAUAUCCAGGAAAAAUUCAGGACUUUGGCCAUGUACAAAGUAGAGGCCACAGAAGAGGAGCUUGCACUCGUGGCCAAUAUUGGCCAGCUGUGGAGUGAACUUUUUACAGAGGCCAGAUUAGUGGAUCGAAGUCUGGGCCUGGUUAAGAAAACCUUCACAGAGAUCACUAAGGAGAAGAUUGAAGAGUUUAAACAGGAGCUAUCCAUCUUUGCCGAGAGCUUCAACAUGCAUGGACCGGGAGCUGUAGGAGAUGAUUUGGAGAAAGGAUUGAUGGUCAUGGGAACCUAUGAGGCAGAGCUUUCCCAGAUAGAGGCGGGACAGCAAGAGCUGGCUAAUGCUGAGAAGCUGUUCGACCUGCCAAUCACACUGUACCCGGAGCUGCUUAACGUGAAGAAAGAGAUGAAGGACUUAAGACAAAUCUACGAAAUCUACAAAGCUCAGAAGGUUGCUAAAACCGAGUGGUCCCAAACCCUGUGGGUGAACUUAAACAUUCAAGUGCUACAAGAAGGUAUUGAAACUUUAAUCAAGAGCCUGUGGAAGCUGCCCAAAGAUGUGCGGGCACUGCCCGUCGCUUUCUUUCUAGAGGGCCGCAUAAAGGAGUUUAAAGAGCUCCUACCCCUUCUGGUAGACCUUAAGAAUGAUGCCCUCAGAAAAAGACACUGGAGGGAGCUGAUGGAAAAGACUGGCACCAGCUUUGAGAUAAACCCUGACACCUUUACUCUGGAUAAUAUGUUUAACAUGGAAUUGCAUAAUUACGACAAUGUCAUAGGUGACAUCGUCACCUCUGCUGUCAAAGAGCUCAAUAUUGAGAAGGGUGUUAAGGAGGUGGUGGAGAUCUGGGAAAGCAUGAAGUUCAAUGUAAAGUGCUACUUCAAAGACACCCAGGAGCGUGGCUUCAUCCUAGAUGCAGUGGACGAGAUCCUACAGAAUCUGAAUGAUAAUGUCAUGAACCUGCAGAGUAUGGCAAGCAGCCGUUUCAUAGGACCCUUUCUGGAUACAAUUCAACAGUGGGAGAAAAACCUGUCCCUCAUCAGUGAGGCCAUAGAGGUGUGGAUGCUGGUGCAACGCAAGUGGAUGUAUCUGGAGAACAUAUUCAUUGGCGGAGACAUCCGCUCUCAGCUACCUGAGGAAGCCAAUAAAUUUGACAAGAUUGACAGAUCGUUCAAAAAAAUAAUGAGUGACACGGUGAGGGAUCCAGGUAUCAAGCGAUGCUGUCUGGUACCCAGCCGGCUAGCAGAGCUUCAGGGCUUGAGUGAUGGUCUAGAGAGGUGCCAGAAGAGUCUCAAUGACUACCUGGAUUCCAAACGAAACGCCUUCCCGCGUUUCUUCUUCAUCUCUGAUGAUGAGCUGCUCAGCAUCCUGGGGAGCAGCGACCCUGCCUGUGUCCAGGAGCAUAUGAUCAAGAUGUACGACAAUAUAGCGUCUUUGAGGUUUGAUGAGUCAAGUAAUGGGGAGACAGUAGCAGGGGCUCUGGUGUCUGCAGAGGGAGAGGUAAUGGAAUUGAAGAAGCCCAUCCCAGCAGAGGGCAGAGUGGAAGAUUGGAUGACCAGAGUGUUACAAGAGAUGAGGAGGACCAAUCGACUUAUCACCAAGGAAGCCAUCUUUCGCUACUGUGAAGACAGGAGCAGGGUAGACUGGAUGUUGCUUUACCAGGGCAUGGUAGUGCUGGCUGGGAACCAGGUAUGGUGGACCUGGGAGGUAGAGGAUGUAUUUAAACAAGUGAAGAAGGGAGAGAAGCAGGCGAUGAAGCACUUUGCCAAGAAAAUGCACCGGCAGAUUGAUGAGCUGGUGACACGCAUUACACUCCCCAUGAAGCAAAACGACAGACGUAAGCUAAACACUGUCCUUAUCAUCGAUGUGCACGCCAGAGACAUUGUUGACAGCUUUGUCUGGGACAGUAUCAUGGAUGCCCGUGAAUUUAAGUGGGAAAGCCAACUGAGGUUCUACUGGGAUCGAGAACCAGAUGACCUGUUUGUGCAUCAGUGUAGCGCCACUUUCUCAUAUGGUUAUGAAUAUAUGGGGCUGAAUGGUCGUCUAGUUAUAACCCCUUUGACUGACCGCAUCUACCUCACCCUCACACAGGCCUUAUCCAUGUAUCUGGGUGGAGCUCCUGCUGGACCAGCUGGUACAGGAAAGACAGAGUCCACCAAAGACCUGGCCAAGGCUUUGGGCCUGUUCUGUGUGGUUACUAACUGCGGAGAGGGCAUGGACUUCAUGGCUGUAGGGAAGAUCUUCUCUGGCCUCGCCCAGUGUGGAGCCUGGGGCUGCUUUGAUGAGUUCAACCGUAUUGAUGCAUCAGUGCUGUCCGUCAUCUCAUCCCAGAUCCAGACCAUUCGCAAGGCUCUCAUUCUCCACCUCAAGAGGUUCUAUUUUGAAGGCCAAGAGAUCAGUCUGGAUGAUCGUAUAGGGAUUUUCAUCACUAUGAACCCAGGCUAUGCAGGGCGCACAGAGCUGCCAGAAUCAGUCAAAGCCCUUUUCAGACCUGUGGUAGUUGUUGUACCAGACCUGCAGCAGAUCUGUGAGAUCAUGCUAUUCUCUGAGGGAUUUCUCAUGGCUGAGAUUCUGGCAAAGAAGAUGACGGUUUUAUAUAAGCUGGCUCGUGAACAGCUGUCCAAGCAAUCUCAUUAUGACUUUGGCUUGCGAGCCCUCAAGUCUGUAUUAGUAAUGGCAGGGGAGCUAAAGCGAAGCUCACCAGACCUUAAUGAGGAUGUGGUGUUGAUGCGUGCCCUCAGGGACAUGAACCUGCCUAAGUUUGUGUUUGAGGAUGUGCCUCUUUUCCUGGGGCUGAUCUCAGACUUGUUUCCAGGGUUGGAUUGCCCCCGUGUCCGCUACCCCAGCUUCAAUGAUGCUGUGGAGCAGAUUCUGCAAGAGAACAAAUACAUCUUGUUGCCCAAUCAGGUGGAUAAAGUGGUCCAGAUGUAUGAGACCAUGAUGACCAGACACACUACCAUGGUGGUGGGGCCCACAGGUGGAGGAAAAUCAGUUGUGAUCAGCACAUUAUGUCAGGCUCAGACCAAAUUAGGGAUGCCCACCAAGCUGUACUGCCUGAAUCCUAAAGCGAUGAGUGUCAUUGAGCUCUACGGCAUACUGGAUCCUGUCACCCGUGACUGGACUGAUGGUAUCCUGUCCAACAUCUUUCGUGACAUCAACAAACCCACUGACAAAAAAGAAAGGAGAUACAUCCUGUUUGAUGGGGAUGUGGAUGCUCUGUGGGUUGAGAAUAUGAACUCAGUGAUGGACGACAACAAACUCCUUACUCUGGCCAAUGGAGAGAGGAUCCGUUUACAGGGACACUGUGCCCUGCUUUUUGAGGUUGGUGAUUUGCAGUAUGCCUCUCCUGCUACUGUGUCCCGCUGUGGAAUGGUAUUUGUUGACCCCAAAAACCUUCGGUACACCCCAUUUUGGCAGAGAUGGGUUAACAACCGACCGCUCAGGGUAUGAAAAAUAAAUCUGUAUGAGCUUAAUAAGUUGUUUAAGAAAUAUGUCCCCAGCGCUACUGACAUGGUCGUGGAUGGCAUUGUUGAUAGUAAACAAGGACAGAAACUGAAGACCAUUGUCCCCCAGACAGAUCUAAACAUGGUGACACAGCUGUCCAUGAUGCUAGAUGCCUUACUAGACACCGAGGGUCAUAGUGCAGAGGUCUUGGAAUGUUACUUCUUGGAAGCUCUGUGUUGCUCUCUCGGUGCUACCUUAGUGGACAGGGGCAGGACCAAGUUUGAUGAGUUUAUCAAAAAAUUGUCCUGCUUAGCUACAGUUCAAGAUGAGAAGGUCGUGGCUGGACCAGGAGAGAUCCCAGGAUCCCUACCUACUCUGUAUGAUUUUCAUUUUGAUGGAACACAGCAGAAGUGGAUUCCAUGGACGUCCCUGGUCACCAAGUACAUCCACAACCCUGACAUGAAGUUUAUUGAUAUUCUUGUUCCCACUGUGGACACUACUCGAACCAGCUGGCUCCUGGAGCAAAUGGUAAAGAUAAAGAGACCAGUGGUUCUUGUGGGAGAGUCUGGCACUUCUAAAACUGCCACCACACAGAACUUCCUGAAGAAUCUCAAUGCAGAUACUGCUAUGGCUCUGAUUAUCAACUUCUCGUCAAGGACCACCUCGAUGGACCUUCAGAGGAACCUGGAGGCCAACGUGGAAAAAAGGACCAAAGAUACCUAUGGCCCUCCAAUGGGAAAGAGAUUGUUGGUCUUUAUGGAUGACCUGAAUAUGCCAAAGGUGGAUGAUUAUGGUACGCAGCAGCCUAUUGCGCUACUAAAGUUAUUGUUGGACAGAGGAGGCAUAUACAAUAAAGGCAAAGAACUUAACUGCAAAUUUCUGAAGGACCUGGGCUUCAUAGCUGCCAUGGGGAAGGCAGGAGGCGGGAGGAACGAAGUGGAUCCCCGCUUCAUCUCACUCUUCAGUGUCUUCAACAUCCCUUCUCCUACAGAGGAGUCCCUUCAUCUCAUCUACGCUUCCAUUUUAAAAAGCCACACUAUGAUGUUUGAGGAAUCCAUCCAGAAGGUUUGUGACAAACUGACCUUCUGCACACUGCAACUGUACAAAAACAUAAUUAAAGAUCUGCUGCCCACUCCUUCCAAGUUCCACUAUAUUUUCAACCUGAGGGACUUGUCAAGGAUCUACAAUGGACUCACCCUGACCAGUGCUGAGAGGUUUUUAACAGUCACUCAGUUUGUACGAGUUUGGAGGAACGAGUGCCUGAGAGUAUUCCAUGACAAACUCAUCAAUGAAACUGACAAAGUCUUGGUCCAGGGUCAUAUAAAAAACCUAAUUGUUGAGCAUUUCAAGUCAGACUUAGAGGCAGCCACCAUGAGGGACCCUAUCCUGUUUGGAGACUACAGAACAGCCCUCAAUGAAUCUGAACCAAGAGUCUAUGAGGACAUACAGGACUAUGAUGCUGCUAAAGCCCUUUUCCAGGAGAUUCUAGAGGAGUAUAAUGAGAACUAUUCAAGAAUGAACCUGGUUCUGUUUGACGAUGCCUUGGAGCAUCUGACCAGGGUGAACCGUAUCAUCCGCAUGGACCGUGGCCAUGCAUUGCUGGUGGGUGUAGGAGGCUCUGGAAAGCAGUCUCUCACCAAGCUUGCUGCCUUCACUGCUGGCUGUGAGGUGUUUGAGAUCACGCUUAGCCGAGGUUAUGCUGAGCCCAGCUUCCGUGAGGACCUGAAGUCCUUGUACUUGAAGCUGGCUAUUGAGAAUAAGAAGACAGUAUUUCUGUUCACUGAUGCCCAUGUUGCUGAGGAGGGCUUCUUGGAACUCAUAAACAACAUGCUCACCUCUGGCAUUAUUCCUGCAUUAUUCCCUGAUGAUGAGAAGGAGUCAAUUCUCAAUCAGCUGCGUGAUGAAGCCAUGAACAUGGGAGCAGGCCCUUCCAAAGAGUGUGUGUGGCAAUACUUUGUCAACAAAAGCGCCAACAAUCUGCACAUUGUAUUGGGCAUGUCACCAGUGGGAGACACCCUUAGAACACGAUGCAGGAAUUUUCCAGGACUGGUGAACAACACUGGGAUAGACUGGUUCCUGCCAUGGCCCCCGCAGGCUUUACACGCUGUGGCUCAAUCGUUUCUUGGAGAGAGUCCAAUGAUCCCCGAGUCAUAUUGUGCUGCAGCGAUAGCCCACGUGUGCAUGGUCCACGGCUCUGUGGUUGAUUACAGCAAAAUGUUUCAACAAAAACUCAGACGCAGUAACUAUGUCACUCCUAAGAACUACUUGGACUUCCUCACUACCUAUAGAAGCCUGCUGCAGGACAAAGACCAGUAUAUCCUUGCUCAGUGCAAGCGUUUAGAGGGAGGUCUGGACAAGUUGGAAGAGGCAAGUGAGCAGCUGGCUGAGCUCAACAUCAAGCUGGCAGAGCAGAAGGUGGUCCUGGCAGAAAAAUCCUCAACCUGUGAGAUCCUGCUGCAAGAGAUCUCAACUAACACCAUUGUGGCUGAGGAGAAGAAGACACUGGCAGAAGACAAAGCCGAGGAGAUUGAGGAGCAAAACAGGGUGAUAGCGGUAGAGAAGAAAAAUGCCGAGGAUUCCCUGGCUGAGGCUCUGCCAGCCCUGGAAGCAGCCCGCAUCGCCCUGCAAGACUUGGAAAAGUCUGACGUCACCGAGAUCAGAUCCUUUGCCAAGCCACCCAAACAGGUGCAGACGGUGUGUGAGUGCAUCCUAGUAAUGCGUGGCAACAAGGAGAUCAGUUGGAGGACGGCCAAAGGGAUGAUGUCAGAGGCUAAUUUUCUGCGCUCUCUCAUGGAAAUGGAUUGUGAUUCCAUCAGUGCCAGUCAGGUCAAAACUGUCAGAGGCUUCCUAAAAAAUCUCAACACUAGCUUUGAGGAGAUGCAGGCCAUCAGUAAAGCUGGCUCGGGGAUGCUCAAGUUUGUAGAGGCUGUCAUGAAUUAUUGUGAUGUUGCCAAAGAGAUAAAGCCCAAGAGAGAGCAGGUGGCACGUCUUGAGAAGAACUUUUUCCAGAGCAGGCGGGACUUGGAGUGCAUUCAGACUGAGCUGAGUGCUAUUCAGAAGGAGCUGGGGGCUCUGCGAAAGAAGUAUGAUGCUGCCAUGGGAGAGAAACAGCUGCUGCAACAGGAGGCUGAGCUCAUGGAGAGGAGACUGAUAGCUGCUGACAAACUCAUCUCUGGCCUAGACUCAGAGAAUGAGCGUUGGAGCCUUGAUUUGGAGGAGCUGAAGCAGCGACGCAUGCGUCUUCUGGGUGACUGUCUGAUCUGUGCUGCCUUCCUGAGCUAUGAAGGGGCCUUCAGCUGGGACUUCAGAAAUGAAAUGAUAUAUGGGGUGUGGGAGAAAGAUGUGCAGGAGAGAGGUAUUCCCCUGAGCCAGCCCUUCAGGGUGGAGAACCUGCUGACUGAUGAAGUGGAGAUCAGCAGGUGGGGCUCAGAGGGCUUGCCACCAGACGAGUUGUCAGUCCAGAAUGGAAUUCUCACUACCAGAGCCAGCCGUUUCCCAAUGUGCAUUGAUCCACAACAGCAAGCCCUCAACUGGAUCAAAAAGAAAGAAGAGAAAAAUAACCUAAAGAUAUCUUCCUUCAAUGAUCCAGAUUUCCUGAAGCAGCUGGAGAUGGCCAUCAAGUAUGGCUUCCCCUUCCUGUUCCAGGAUGUGGAUGAGUAUAUUGAUCCUAUGAUUGACAAUGUCUUGGAGAAGAAUGUGAAAGGAGCAGAGGGCAGGCAGAUCAUCUUCAUUGGAGACAAGGAGGUGGACUAUGAUCCCAACUUUAAACUCUACCUCAACUCCAAGUUGGCUAACCCUAAAUACUCACCAUCUGUGUUUGGGAAAGCCAUGGUCAUUAACUACACUGUUACUUUAAAGGGUCUGGAAGACCAGCUACUUAGUGUGAUUGUAGGCUUUGAGAGGAAAGAGCUGGAAGAGCAGCGUGAGUAUUUGAUUAAAGAGACCAGCGAGAAUAAGAAGCUGCUAAAAGACCUGGAGAAUUCCCUGCUCAGAGAGCUGGCCACCUCCACAGGCAACAUGUUGGACAACACAGAGCUUGUCCACACACUGGAGGAAACCAAGUCCAAAGCUACUGAGGUUUUUGAGAAGCUCAAGUUGGCUGAGAUGACGUCGCUGGAUAUUGAUAAGCUGAGAGACGGCUACCGUCCUGCUGCCAAGCGUGGUGCCAUCCUGUUCUUUGUGCUAGCAGAAAUGGCUUUAGUAAACAGCAUGUACCAGUACUCUCUUGCCUCUUACCUGGAAAUGUUUGACUUUUCUCUGCACAAAUCCUUGCCUAACUCAGUCUUGCCGAAAAGGUUGAAGAACGUUAUGGAGACUCUGACACACAACGUCUAUAAAUAUGGCUGCACAGGCCUAUUUGAGAGACACAAGCUGCUCUUCUCCUUCAACAUGACUAUAAAGAUUGAACAGGCAGAGGGAAGGUCCCCUCAAGAGGAGUUGGAGUUCUUCCUAAAGGGUAAUCUGUCCCUGGAAAAGAGCAAGCGCAAAAAGCCAUUUGCCUGGCUUCCAGAUCAGGGCUGGGAGGACAUUGUGAGACUAGCAGAGCUUUUCCCUGAGCAGUUUGGCUCUCUGCCUGAUGAUGUGGAAAAACAUCCUGGUGACUGGAAAUCUUGGUAUGACUUAGAUGGGCCAGAGCAAGCUCCCUUCCCCAUGAAGUAUAAGGAGAACCUGACAACUUUCCAAAAGCUAUUGCUGCUGCGCUGCUUUCGCCUUGAUAGAGUCUACAGAGCUGUUACUGACUAUGUCACUAUCACCAUGGGUGAAAAAUAUGUACAGCCUCCAGUGAUCAGCUUUGAUGCCAUCUACGAACAGAGUACACCUAACUCCCCUGUCAUCUUCAUUCUGAGUCCUGGCUCUGAUCCAGCUAAUGACCUUGUGAAACUUGCAGAGAGAUCAGGCUUUGGAGGAAGCAGGCUCAAAUUCCUUGCAAUGGGACAAGGCCAAGAGAAGGUUGCACUGCAGCUACUGGAGACAGCGGUGUCCCGUGGUCAGUGGUUGAUGCUUCAGAACUGCCACCUGCUGGUGAAAUGGCUGAAAGAGCUGGAAAAGUCUUUGGAGCGUAUCACUAAACCUCAUCCUGAUUUUCGUCUGUGGCUCACCACCGAUCCCAUCAGGGACUUUCCCAUCGGUAUAUUGCAGAAGGCUCUUAAGGUGGUGACAGAGCCUCCCAACGGUCUGAAGUUGAACAUGAGAGCCACAUACUUUAAGAUCUCCCAUGAGAUCCUGAUGAGCUGCCCACACCCUGCCUUUCGCAGCCUGGUCUACGUGCUGGCUUUCUUCCAUGCUGUGGUGCAAGAGAGGCGCAAGUACGGCAAGAUUGGCUGGAAUGUCCCCUAUGACUUCAAUGAGUCUGACUUCCUUGUGUGUAUGGAGAUCCUAGACACCUACCUUACCAAAGCACACAGUCAAGGAGAUGCUAGCAUUCCAUGGGGAAGUCUUAAAUAUCUUACUGGAGAGGUGAUGUAUGGAGGACGCGUCAUAGAUAGUUUUGACCGCAGGAUUCUGACUGUCUACAUGGAUGAAUACUUUGGAGACUUCAUCUUUGACACCUUUCAGCCCUUUCACUUCUUCCACAACAAGGAUGUAGACUACAAGAUUCCCCUCAAUGGGCUCAAGGGAAGAUAUGUUGAGGAAAUUGAGGCCCUACCCCUGGCAAACACACCAGAAGUAUUUGGUCUGCAUCCUAAUGCUGACAUAGGAUACUACACACAGGCAGCAAGAGACAUGUGCACCCAUCUAAUAGAUCUGCAGCCUCAGACUGCUGAAUCUGGUGGAGGCAUCAGCAGGGAUGAGUACAUCAUUCAAGUGGUCCAGGACAUCCGUAACAAGCUUCCUAAGGUGUUUGACCUGGAUGUAAUCUGCAAGAAGUUUGGCCUGGACAUCUCCCCAACCUCAGUAGUGCUACUGCAAGAGCUGGAGCACUUCAACAAGCUGGUGGUCCGCAUGGGUCGCUCACUGGCCGAGCUGCAGAGGGCCCUGGCUGGCGAUGUGGGUAUGAGUGGGGAGCUGGACGAGGUGGCACGGGCCCUCUUCAAUGGCCAGAUCCCAGCCAUCUGGAGGAAGUUGGCACCUGACACACUUAAAUCCCUGGGCAACUGGAUGAUCCAUUUCAAGAGGCGGCAUAAACAAUACAGCUCCUGGGUGGAUGAGGGGGAGCCUAAUGUGAUAUGGCUGUCAGGUCUCCAUAUCCCAGAAUCCUACCUUACUGCCUUGGUCCAAGCCACAUGCAGGAAGAACGGUUGGCCUCUAGAUGGCUCUACAUUCUACACCAAGGUCACCAAUUACCGCAGUGAGGAGCAAGUUAACCAGAUGCCUGGACAGGGCUGCUUUGUUUCUGGUCUGUAUUUAGAAGGAGCAGACUGGGACAUAGAAAAUGGCUGUCUGGUCAGGAGUAAACCCAAAGUUCUAACAGUUGAACUGCCCAUCCUCAAGAUCAUCCCUGUAGAGACUCGGCGCCUCCGAUUACAGAACACAUUGCGGACGCCAGUGUAUACCACGUCUAUGCGGAGGAAUGCAAUGGGUGUGGGGCUGGUUUUUGAGGCUGACCUGUUCACCACCGAACACAUUUCCCACUGGGUACUCCAGGGUGUCUGUCUAUGCCUCAACUCAGACUAAAGUAAAUGCUCAGUCCCACUGAACUUUCCAACUUUCAGAUUGUUUGCUUGUAUGCUGAAUUAAUAGCACUGUUACCCUGUUAGUGAGAGAGAAACAUUUGCAACACAGGGAAAUUUCAGCUAA